UCAAAUCGCCAUUAUUAUUAUUUUUUCAAAAAAUUGCUACUCUAGAAUGUUGCUGACAUAUUACCUAUGUAUUUCUUUCGUUAUAAGCAUGUUUUCAGCUGCAAUUGGAUCACGCUUUCCAAAUAGAGGUUUUCAGAUAAGUGAAUCAGAGAGAAAGGGUCGUGUACAUGAUGUGAAAUAUACGACCACUACUGUAGCUACAACAACGAUUCAAGCUACAACGACAACUAACUCUACAGGAGGUGUACUUUCGAACAUAUGGAACAAAAUAUCGAACUUCUUUGCUCCUGAAAGCACUUCAACUGCCGCGACUAAUGAAACGUCUCACAUUGAGCUGGAUCCUCCUUUUGGGUCAAGCAUCCCGAUGGAGAAAACUGCACCAAUUAGACAGAAUGUACCUGUUCAGCAAAAUGACCUGACUGGACCUGUGGCUCCAAUUAAUCGCGGCUAUUAUGAUCAACCUAUUCGAGUGGUUCCACCAGAAAUGAGAAAGGGGAACGUGCACCAUGAUAUAAGACGUGAAAGAAAGGCAGUUGCUAAUGAUGUCGUUGACGAAGGUGGUGUGAUAGUUGAUGAUGAGUACUUCGGAAAGCAGAGAGCAAACGAAGAAGUCGAAAAAGAUAUAAUUUCUAACGAGGUUCGAAGAUACGCCUAACAGUGAAUGGAGAACAGAAAUAAUCAUGGAAGAUUCAGAUCCAAUAGAAAGUAUAGACAGCGAAAAUUACAUUAAAGAAACUAUGAAAAAUCAAUUUACAUUUGAUAAUGCUCAACAUCCACCAAUUGUAGUAGAGGAUAAAAUUUUUAGUGUACAAAGUUCAACUGAACAACUCCCAUUUAUUCAAAUUAUUGACUAUGAAUAAAAUUAUUUUAUGAGACACAAAUUCAUUGAUUUAAGUGUCUUAAAAAAAUCUUAAUUUAAUCUCAAACUUCUCUUAAUUAACAUCAAUUAAGGUGAAUAGUUUCAA